AUGGACACAGGCUCCUUGCCUGAGCUGGAGACCACGGUGGGCAACGAGGUACAGACGCUGGCGAAGUACUCUGUGCCGUUGGUGAUCACUUUCCUGUUGCAGUACUCUUUGAACGUUGCGUCUGUAUUUAGUGUUGGCAGGAUUGGGAGCUCGGAGCUGGCUGCCGUGUCGCUUGCUGGUAUGACUGCCAACAUCACGGGCUACUGUCUGUUCCAGGGAACCUCCACUUCUCUGGAUACACUGUGUGCACAGUCGUUUGGACGCCGUGACUAUAGAUCUGUUGGAUUGCACUUUAUGAGAUGCACCAUCUUCCUGCUAUUGAUCGACGUGCCGGUGACGCUGAUCUGGACCCUGGCGUCGCGUCCGAUCUUGACGUUUAUCGUUGAUGACGUUCGCCUGGUGAACUUGGCUGUGAGCUAUCUGAGAGUGUUGUCCAUUGGCUUGCCUGCCUUCAUCCUCUUUGAGACUCUGAAGAGAUUCCUGCAAGCGCAAAACAUCUUCCACGCCUCGACGUAUGUCAUUCUCGUCGCAGCUCCUUUCAAUGCGUUUCUGAACUACUAUUUGGUCUGGGGAGCCCCGAAAUUGGGGUUCAUUGGUGCUCCUAUCGCCAUUGUCUCUACGAAUUAUCUCAUGGCCAUACUGCUAUUAUUGUAUACAGUGUUUGUCGAUGGGUAUCGUUGUUGGUGUGGGUUCUCCACUGACCUGUUGCGUCACUGGUCAAAGAUGGUUUACCUCUCUGUCAACGGAUGUGUUGGUGUCAUCAGCGAGUGGCUGGCAUUUGAAGUAGCCACGUUGAGUGCAGCAAGAUUCGGCACGGUCUCCCUGGCUUCCCAGAGUGUCAUUGCAACCAUAUGUGUCCUGUUAUACCAAGUGCCAUUUGCCGUUAGUAUCGCAGCAUCGACAAGGGUUGCCAAUUACAUCGGCGCAGCUUCCACCAAGUCGAGUAUCACGGCAUCGAACGGUUCGAUCAUAGUGUCGCUCAUCAUUGGUGUGAUGAAUGCGCUGAUUCUUACUUUUUUCAAAGAUAACAUCAUUGUGCUCUUUACCGAUGACGUCCAGGUGAUUGAACUGUCGGAAAAGAUCAUACCACUUGCUGCAAUUUACCAAAUUAGCGACUGCGUUGCAGCCGUGACCGGUGGUGUUCUGAGAGGCCAAGGUAGACAAAAGAUGGCUGCGCUGUGCACAUUGGUGUCGUACUACUUGAUAUCUCUGCCAAUUGGGUUUUGGUUGGCAUUUUGGAUGGGAAUGGAGCUGUUUGGGCUCUGGGCAGGCUUGUGCAUUGCCAUUAUCAUCAUCUCGCUGCUACAAUUGGCAAGUGUGCUGCAGUCUGAUUGGGAACACAUCAUCCACGAGUCCAUGGAUGAUGCCCUAGAAGAGAGCCAUUGUUCUAACGAGAUUAGAUCUGUCAUUUCGACUGGAAUUGACCACAUUGCGUCUAUAUAA